AUGGGGACCCCCGGGGCUGUGGGGGAAUCGGGACCCUUCGGGGGGUGCGAGGGGACCCCGAAUCCUCCGGGGGUUGGGCCCCCCCGGCCCGGGGCCGCCCCUCCCUCACCCCCGCGCCCCCAGGACAUCCUGGAGAACGAGAGCAUCACCCUGGACUGGAUGUUCCGCUACUCCCUCACCAACGACAUCGUCAAGGGGAUGCAGUUCCUGCACAGCGGGGUUUUCGUGUCCCACGGGAACCUCAAGUCCUCCAACUGCGUGGUGGAUUCGCGCUUCGUGCUCAAGAUCACGGACUACGGGCUCGAGAGCUUCCGCCCGGCAACGGACGGCGACGACAGCCACGCGCUGUUCGCCAAGAAGCUCUGGACGGCGCCGGAGCUGCUGCGCAUGGAGGAGCCGCCGGCGCGCGGGACGCAGAAAGGCGACGUGUACAGCUUCGGCAUCAUCCUGCAGGAGAUCGCGCUGCGCUGCGGCGUCUUCUACCGGGAGGGCGCCGAGCUGAGCCCCAAAGGUCAGGUCCCCGGGCCCCCCGAUGUGUCCCUGGAUCCCCUGAUGAGUCCCCGGACCCCCCGAUGUGUCCCCGGACCCCCCGAUGUGGAGAGCAGCACCAACAUCCUGGACAACCUGCUGAGCCGCAUGGAGCAGUACGCCAACAACCUGGAGGAGCUGGUGGAGGAGCGCACGCAGGCGUACCUGGAGGAGAAGCGCAAGGCCGAGGCUCUGCUCUACCAGAUCCUGCCCCACUCGGUGGCGGAGCAGCUCAAGCGGGGCGAGACAAUACUCUGUAAAGUUAAUUUUAAAAAAUUCAAAAAAGCCUAA